AUGGCACUCACCGACAAGAAGGAGGAUCACUCUGAUAAGAUGGUGUACAUCAGCAAUAUUCCAUACGACAUUCGUUGGACGGAACUGAAAGACCUGAUACGCGAAAAGGCGGGUGAUGUUUCUUUCGUUGAAAUGAUUGAAACGGCUGAGGGAAAAUCGAAGGGAUGCGCAGUCGUUGAGUUCAAAGACCGUGAAAGUAUCAAAAAGUGCGUAGAACAAAUGCAUCGCAUGCAAAUUAAAGAUCGUUUCAUUGUUGUGAAAGAAAUUAAAGAGCCUGAAAAGUUUUUCAAAACAGUGAAAGAAGAAACCGGCGUUGAUUUUUUGGCUAAUAAAAGCGGACCGAAGAGUUUAAUGGAACUCAGCGUUAAGCCCGUUGGCACUGAUAUGGGAUUGAGUCCAUUUCCAACUUAUGGACUCAGCAUUCAAUUUCUUAAGCAGCUUGGAGUCGAAGGUCCCCUAUGCAGCCGUGUAUUUGUUGCGAAUGUAGGUCACGCGACCGACGGUUAUUUUCAUUCUUUGAAAUUUCAAAAUUCUAGGCGGUUGCCAUUUAAUGUUGGUCCCUCCAAACUGAAAGAAUUGUUUUCGUUGUCUGGCCAAGUGGUGGAUGUGGAUCUGCAUCUGGACAAGGAUGGAAGGAGCAAAGGUUUGGCUGUAAUCGAAUAUUCCCAUCCGAUCGAGGCGAUACAAGCGAUUUCAUUGUUUCAUAACCAAACAUACUAUGAUCGAACUCUUACCGUUAAAAUGGAUCGUUUCGAAAAAAUUAAAGAAACCAGAAGACCUGGUGAGCUCCCUCCUGGUCUCAGAAGCAUUGGCAUGGGUCUCGGUAAUAAUGGAACAUCAUUGACUAAAGUUUCACAGUUAUUAAACUCUGGUUGUACCGCUUCUGGCAGAGGCGCUAUGCACGAAGCUGCGCUUUUACGCAGCAAUAUGGGAAGUAACAUGCCACUUAGUACUUCAGAUUUUCUGAGCAGUUAUCCGCAAGGACACAUGGGUGGGAACUUUGCAGACAUGAGUAAUGCGGUUUCGCCGUUCAAUGGCGGUCCUUCUCGUGUGAUGGAUUCUGUAAUGUCUGGAGCAGCAAAUUCAGUUCUCAGCAGAGGAGGUCUCAGUUACUAUUCGAGUAUGAAUCUGCCUGCAAACUAUACAUGGCAGACACUGCGCGACCGGUUGAGAGGUUUCGGAGAUAUAGAAUUUGCUGAUAUCGUUCAACCCCGAGUGGGCAAAGUUCGUUUCAGGACGUCCAUGGAUGCCGAGAAAGCUGCUGUAGCGAUCAACGGAAUGCUCAUCGAGGGUCGGCCGAUAACAGUGGAUUUAGCCAUCAUUGACUAG